AUGGGCCAACUUCCUGAUGCACGACUUAAGCCGAGUAAACCAUUUUUAGCAACCGGCGUUGAUUAUGCAGGUCCAUAUCAUAUAAAAUUUUCUCCAGGACGAGGAGCUAAGACCUACAAGAGUUAUAUUUGUCUCUUCGUAUGUAUGGUAACACGAGCUAUACAUAUUGAAUUAGUCACCGAUUUGACUUCUAAGGCUUUUAUUGCAGCUUUUCGAAGAUUUAUCGCUAGGCGUGGUUAUUGUCGAGAUCUGUAUAGCGACAAUGGCACAAAUUUUGUUGGUGCCAAUAAACAAUUGAGAGACAUGUUUGAUCGGUCUAAAUCAAACAUACCUGAUGAGAUUGCAAAAUUACUCACAUCUGAAUUAACAACGUGGCAUUUUAUUCCACCUCAAGCACCAAAUUUUGGAGGCAUUUGGGAAGCCGGAGUGCGGUCUGUUAAAACACAUUUGAACAAGGCAAUAGGUGAUAAUUUAAUGACAUAUGAAGAACUGGUUACUGUUCUAUCACAGGUUGAGGCUUGCUUAAAUUCAAGACCGAUUUCAUUGCUUAGUGACGUAGCAGAUGACCCUCUCCCAUUAACCCCAGGUCAUUUUUUGAUUGGUGAACCUCUUGUAAAUAUUGUUGAUGACACAUCAGUUAUUAAUUUUAAUGUAAAUCUUAAAGAAAGAUGGAAUGUCAUGCAGAAUAUUGUUGUAAAAUUUUGGAAAAAAUGGUCUAAAGAAUAUUUGUUAACUUUAAGUCAAAGAUAUAAGUGGAAUUUGAAACUUGAAGACCCUUGUAUAAAUGAUAUUUGUAUUGUUAGGGAAGAAAACUUGCCACCGUGUAAAUGGUUAUUAGGUAAAAUUGUAGAAAAACAUACUGGUCCUGAUAAUAUCACUAGAGUGAUAACCAUAAAAUAUGCAGAGGCAAUGCAAACCUCAAUUACAACUGAUCUUAGCUCAGAUCAUUGUGGACAGUUAGUGGCGCUAAAAUGUAAAGUGGUGAAACAAGUAAAUAAGAGCAGUGUGUUUGUUCCAGUGAAUAAAAAGCGAAUGGGUCGCUCGACAGCCGAUGCCGGUGUUGAGUUAUAUAGAUAUAUAGUUAAGGCUUGGGAGGAGUCGUAUGACGCUUUAGGUGUUUUCUGCGACUUAUCCAAAGCAUUUGAUUGUGUCCAACACGAGACCUUAAUCGGGAAACUCCGCCACUAUGGCAUCAAGAAUACCGCACUGAAUCUUCUGACUUCCUAUUUACACGGAAGAACUCAGAAGGUUGAAGUGAAUGGUAAGAGGUCCUCUGGGUCGGCAGUAGAUAUGGGGUACCACAGGGCUCAAUUCUUGGCCCUUUCCUCUUUCUUGUUUAUAUAA